AUGGCACCGCCGGGGGGUGGCGGGGAGGUGCGGGACGGGGACAGGGACGGGGACAGGGACAGAGCCCCCGCAGCGGGGAUGCGCCGCUUCACCUGGGACGAGAUCGGGCAGCGGAACGGGCGGGGGCCGGCGCCGCAGGAGCGCUGGCUGGUGAUCCACAGGAAGGUGUACGACAUCAGCAACUUCUACCGGAGACACCCGGGAGGGGCUCGGCUCCUCGACAGCCACGCCGGGCAGGACGCCACGGAUGCCUUUGUGGCAUUCCACGUUGACAAGGCGCUGGUGAGCAAGUACUUGAAACCACUGCAGAUUGGGGAGCUGGCACCCGACCAACCCAGCAUUGAGCCCACUAAAAAUGAAAAGCUGGUGAAAGACUUCCGGGAAUUGCGUGCUACAGUCGAGAGAAUGGGACUCCUGGAGCCAAAUCCACUCUUCUUCUUCCUGCUCCUGGCUCACAUCCUGCUCUUGGAUACAGCUGCCUGGCUCAUCCUUUUCUACUUUGGGACAUCCUUGCUGCCCUUUGCUUUCUCCCUGUUGCUGCUGACCAUUUCCCAGGUCCAGGCUUCCUGGUUGCAGCAUGAUUUAGGACACCUCUCAGUAUUCAGGAAAGCCAAGUGGAACCACUUGCUACACAAGUUUGUGAUGUGCCAUUUGAUUGGGGCCUCAGCCAAGUGGUGGACCCUCCUGCACUCCCAGCACCACGCCAAACCCAACUGCUUCCACAAGGACCCUGACAUUGACAUGCACCCUUUCCUCUUCACGCUGGGGAAGAAAUUCUCUGUGGAGCUUGGGAUCAAAAAGAAAAAAUACAUGCCCUACAAUCACCAACACAAAUACUUCUUCAUCACUCUUCCCCCGCUCCUGUUCCCCACCUACUUCCACUGCCACACAUUCUACAUUGCCUACACAAAGAAAUACUGGAUGGACUUGGUCUGGAUGCUGACCUUCUACAUCAGAUUCUUUUAUACUUACGGAUCUUUAUUAGAAACAAAGGGUCUCCUGGCAUAUUAUUUUAUAUUCAGGAUGCUGGAGAGCAGCUGGUUUGUCUGGGUCUCACAGAUGAACCAUAUCCCAAUGGAUAUCGACUACGACAAGAAUUUGGACUGGAUGUCUACUCAGCUCCAGGCAACCUGCAACGUGGAGCAGUCACUGUUCAAUGACUGGUUCACGGGGCACCUCAACUUCCAGAUUGAGCACCACCUUUUCCCUACAAUGCCACGGCACAACUACUGGAAGGUGGCGCCUCUGGUGAAGUCCCUGUGUGCCAAGCACGGCCUGGAGUACCAGUGCAAGCCCCUGCUCGCAGCCUUCGCAGACAUCGUGCACUCCCUGAAGAGCUCAGGAGAGCUCUGGCAUGAUGCCUACCUGCACAAAUAAAGGACCAGGCUUGGUGCUGCAAUUCACAGCCUGCCACAGCUGCAUUCCCAGCAAGCUGAGGGUCAGGGACCACAAGGGACUCUGGCAGAAGAAAGUGAGUAAGGACUGAGGGAUAAAAUUACAAUACAGAUGAAGCUGCUUGGAAAUUCUUCUGUUUUUUCCUGGGGUUAUGGUUCAGAUGUGUUAAGAGUAGGCAGGGCAAGCAGAAGGUGAAUUGUUUGGAGAAAGAGGAGCACUUUGCUGACUGAGUCUGAGCAUUUCUGAGCCUGGGUAUGGGCUCAAGUUGGAUCUGUGGAGCUGCACACACUUAACUUCGUGUCAGAGGCCUCUGACCAUGGCUUAUUUUUUUGUUUUGUUUUCCUCAUGUGGAGGGUUUAAUGCUUGCUAACUUGAAUUGGAAACUACAAAGGAUCUUGGAUUAACGUGGUGUUCCAGCAAUGUGCAGAAAUCACAAUAAAUGAGGAUAAACUACAAACAACACUUAGACUGUAGCAAGUGCACAUGCAGUGAAUAAAAACACCAAUGUGUUUUCAUUACUGUUUUUAGAGAAUCCUCAUUGUCACAGGGCCAAGAAACACAUGGGUUAAAAGCAGCUCAAAGCCUCUGCUCUCUUCCAAAUGUAUCUGGUUUGGGGGUUUUUGUGAACUUUGAGUUGGGCUGAGAUGUGCACACUCCACAUACAUUCCUCACCUAUUCCUCACCUCACCAGGACUAAGAUUAUACUACAGAAAGGUAAACCAGAAGUAAAAUAAAUCCCCUACAGAUAUUUGGUCAAGUCCAGAAGUUGCUGUUGCAGCUAGACCAAGAUUAGAUCAGAUUUUGGCUGUGCCAGGCAGAAGGUGAGUCAGUGAAAGAAGCUAGUCCAGGUACUUUGAAUCACCCUUGAGAAGAGACAAUAUCUUUCCAUUCAUUAUUAAGAAAGCCUGUUCUUUGUCUCAAGUGAGUACUACAGUGAGUACAUACUCACACCCUGAAAUAAAAGACCAGCUUUCGCAAAGGAGACUACGGGAAAAACAAAAUCCAUUUGAGUAUUAGUGGUUACCACACUUUUUUUCAAUAAUUCAAGGUUAAUAAAUAGCAAUCUGGAAAGGUAAAAAGAUAUAAAAAAAGUCUCUGAUGAUGUAACAAAUGGACUCUGUACUACUUGUGCAAUGACCAGCUGAAUUACUUAAAAACCUUUAACCCUGCACAGUCAGCCAGAACAAGGGAAAAAUUUGCUAUUAAACCAUUUUUCCUGCCUUGGAAAAAGUGCAAUUAUAUUUAGAGGUUAACAGCACAAAGUACAAUGCCUGACCCAUGGGAGUAAAAGAAGCAAUUCCCAAAAAUUCAGUGGAGAAUUAAGAAAUAAAGCAGGAGUCACAACAGUAUCAUUUACAAACACAUUUCCACUACUUUAAAAAGCCUUUUAAAAUUACCUUAAGCAGCCUUUGAAAAUGAUUUAUUGGGUAGAUGAAAAGCCUAAUUUUGAAGAUCAUAAUUUGAUUUUUGGACCUUUGACAUCAUUAGGCUCCUAGUUCAGGACCCCUGCAAAUCAAAAUGCAAUUAAAAAAGAGAGCUGUGAAUGUUUCCAUUGUUAAAGACUCAACAGCGCUCCAGUGAGGACUGGUGUGCAAGAGGAUUGAGCAAGAUGGAGAUGAAGGGCUGUGGAUAAACAUGGAAUAAACCCUAAGCAAUACAUGGAUCAGUGCCAGAGCAAACAGGAGCAGUUGCCAAGUUUUCCUUGGAUAUCUUUGACCAAUCUUAUCAGUAUCAGUCUCAGAUGAAAGGCUGCCUGCACUCCCUCAGGAAAAUAUUGAGUAGCUGAAUAAGAUUUUAUGAAGAAGAUAUCACUGAGACACCCAAAGAAGGAAACACAUACAAAUUAGUCAUAUAACCCAACAGAAAACCAUAAGCAAACAAAACAAAACCAAAACAAAAAAACCACUCCCACAAAAAUUUAUGGUACAUGAGAACAGUGAAAGGAAAAUCAGCAUCAGGAGCAGAGUAUCUUCCUUAAAUGUGAAAGAUGAUUGAAACAACACAAAGUAUUAACUGGCUUAGUCUAAAAUACAGCCUUGAUUGCUGCAACUCCGAAGGGCAAAAUGCCAUUCUUUUCUUUUACAGUAGUAUCUUGGAAUCAGAGGUUCAGGGAAGACAGUUCCUACUUGAAAUAAUACUGAAAGUUUAAAUUCAAAGUGAAGUAUUUUUCCAGUAAAAUCUCUUAGGAAAAGGACUGAGUGGCUAAAGCACCUUGGACUCUGCACACACAGAAUAAGUACAGAAGGAGAAUGAGAUUUCUUCAUUCCUGGUUUUCCAGGUUCCCUCCACAAAGUCGAGAGUGUUGUUGAGACCUUCUAGACAACACAGGAGCUGUGAUUAUGUAGGAAUUCAGAAUUUUCAUUCUGUUUGGGGAGCAUUGCAAGAGCAACUUAGUCUGUAACCAGUACCUGCCAUCACCCUCCUUCCUCAAUAAAUCUUAUACCUAAGCACAAGGUCAGAGAUUCACAAGCGUGGAAAAGAAAAUCAUACAUUAGUUUUGGUAAGAAAGUAUAUCCAUUUCUGUGUCAAACCCAAAUCAAUAAUCACAGGGACUACUAGGAGUUGUUGCACUGGAAAAAAAAAACAAACCAACCAAGCAAUUAAAAAAAAAAAAGUUGUCAAUCCUGGUCAAAAUUUGAAAAUGGGGAACCUACGAGAAACAAGCAAAGAAUAAAUACUGAAAUUAACAGACACAGCAAAUCUAUAUAAAGGAUUUCCGUGGUUCAUCACAUGGUAUGAAACAGGAAAUGAAGUUUUCCUUCUGACUUGGUCCAUUACAGAUUUAUAGCAUUUGAACUGCUCUGAGUAGAGGGAUGGAAAAAUAUUUAGUGGGUUUUUUUCUUUAAAAAAGUAAAACUACCACUUUAUCAAGCUUCAGUGUGUGAUCUGAGAAUAAAUUUCAGCCCAGCUCUUGAAGGCCUGCAGUGCAAGGAGAUUUCCAGCUGCUCUGGGGUUAGAAUUCCACUUUAGGUACAAUUCCAGCAGGACAAAGUCCAAACUUUCAUCAGACAAACCACACAGGCUCUGCUCUGGAAUCCAGGCUGCAAGUGUCACCAUUAACAGGCAGCUAUCAAAUACUCCACUUGUUGUUUUUACACCACUGUCUUGUUCAGUCUUCAUUUGCUUUCCCAGACUGUGUAAAAAUCUUUAUAACCACUUUUAUAACUUUCUUUACAACUGUGCACCACUUUAUAACCUUU